AUGGAGGAAGGCAUGGAAGCUCCCAAGUUCAAAGUCAUCAUUGUUGGGGGGUCUAUCGCUGGGUUGACAUUAGCCCAUUCUUUGUCCCAAGCCAAUAUCGACCACGUCGUUCUCGAAAAGAGAGCUAGCAUUGCUCCCCAGGAAGGUGCCUUUAUUGGAGUCUGGCCUAAUGGAGCACAGAUACUCGAUCAACUUGGUCUCUACCACAGUCUGGAAAAGCUCACUGCACCACUAAGUCGCAUGCAUCUUUCCUUCCCCGACGGAUACUCAUUUAGCAGUCUCCUGCCAAAGACAAUUCAUGAAAUAUUUAAGUACCCCAUCGUCUCACUCGACCGGCAAAAGGUUCUUGAAAUAUUAUUUCAGAACUAUCCAAACAAGGAAAAAAUCAUUACCAACCAGAGAGUAUCCGAAGUGCGGUUAUUGGGCGACAGUGCCAGUGUGGUAACAGAGGAUGGAAGUGUAUUCCAAGGAGACCUGAUUGUCGGCGCGGAUGGUGUCCACAGCCGUAUACGCUCUGAAAUGUGGCGACUGGCAGAUGAACUACACCCAGGAAUGAUCACACCCCAAGAAAGGCAAACUCUUACGGUUGAAUACGCAUGUGUGUUCGGAAUAUCACGAGCAAUACCCGGACUCCGAAGCGGAGAGCAUAUAAACCAUUACGGCGACAAAUUCUGUGUGAUUACCUUCCACGGAAAGGAUGGUCGUGUGUUUUGGUUCAUUAUCCAAAAAUUGGACCGCGUUUACACCUAUCCUAACGCUCCUCGGUAUUCUCCUAAUGAUGCAGCGGAGCUGUGUGACAAGAUUCAAGACGUGAUCAUAUGGCGGGAUAUCACCGUAGGGGACCUCUGGAAGACCAAGCUGGUAUCGUCAAUGACGGCACUCGAGGAGGGGCUUUUUGAAACGUGGAGCUUGAAUCGAAUAGUCAUCCUUGGGGAUAGCGUACACAAGAUGACACCCAAUAUCGGACAAGGCGCAAACACAGCUAUUGAAGAUGUUGCCGUCCUUGCAUCUCUGAUAAAUCGGGUAGUUCACGCAGAUGCCUUGCACAAACCAUCAGAAAGCUGCAUCGAGACAAUGCUCCAAAAAUACAAGACUCUCCGAUACGAACGUGCGAAAAGCACAUACGAACGCUCGAGAUUUGGCGCUCGAUUCCAUACUCGAGACAACUGGCUUAAGGCUCUGGUGGGCCGAUAUGUGUUCCAAUACGUUGGUGGCCUCAUAGAGAACCGGACAUCCAAGACUCUGGCAGGGGGGAACGUUAUUGAUUUUCUUCCGCGGCCGCACAGGCUUGAGACUGGGUGUGUGACACGUCUUCCCAAAGGCCAAGGAAGGCCUCAGCAGCAGUGGACGCUACUCUGGGUUUCCUCUCUGGUCUUAUUCUUGUUUUUACCUUGGCUUAGAUCAUAUCUGCCUUCGGCCACCUUCUGGUGA